AUGCUCAAGCUCCGAAGACUGUAUCCCGACGACUCCAAGUGGUUGUACGCAUACAUUGCAGCUACCCAGCUAGCUGCGGAAAAGGACCUCGAUCAGCCCACGUCCGGACUUAACAGAACAUUAGCCUACAAGGCGCUCGAGCAAGCCGUCGCAAAAGGCUCUACCGGCUCGGGAUCUCCGGGGACGCUAUCCACGCUGCGAGAGCUGAGCCUUCUGGUUGAGAUUUACCGCAGGCAGGGCCGUCAAGAGCAGCUCCUAGCUGUGCUUGAGGACGCGAACGUCGGUGUUGGAUCUUCUCUUGUCAAAUACCGAUGGGAAUUCGUCAGCGUCAAACUGCGGACCCUCAGAGAACAGAAGCUGUGGGAGAGGCUAUGGAAUUACUGCUCGCACAUCAUAACCGAAGCUCUUCAGGCCAAUCCAAAUUCUGACCAUGCGCAUUAUGAGUUCUUUGCGGCGGAUUGGCUGGUAUGGGAGUGCCUACUUGAAGCUACUUCGGGCUUGAAAGAUGAAGACGUAACGAUCUCCCAGCGUACAGAAUCCCUCAUCAAGCAAUAUUACGAUUCCAGCGCCUCUCGCAUACGCCUCGCCCUAUUAGCAAUGGCAACUGAGGCUUCGGCUAGCGCCGAUAAUUCGCAGCUUCUCGGAGCUUGCAAAGCUUACCUACGGUUAUACGGUCAUUUAAGCUCUUGUUUCGACGACCUUCGCGUUCUCCUUGAGACCUUGAGUCGUGCUGGCCGAGUAGAAUUCCGGGACUUUGCCACUCAAGUAGCGCGUGAUGCAGGCCAGUCCACAGAAAACGAGUCCGAAUUCAAGAAAUGGUCCGCGAUGGAGCUCAACGUCCUGAAGAUCGACUAUCUCUUGAGCAUAUCUACGGCGCAGAACCCCGAGAAGGACCGGCUGGAAGCGUUUGCAUCCAACUGUGUGAGACUGUCAAAUUUCGCCUACAUCAUUCUUCCUCUGAGGCAUCAGGCAUCUUUUCGGAACGAUAUUUACUUCAAGCUGUGCUACUUCUUCAGCGGCAGUCUAAACAGCAUCAAGAUACCUACGCCUCCUUGCUCUUUCCUCGCGAUCAAGGAGUUUCUCCACGACACCCUUGGACAUGUUCUGUUUACACGGAUCGCAUCUCAGCAUCCUUUCACAGCGCACAAAUUGAACAACUGGGACCCUGACGAAAGCCUUCUACAAGUUGUUCAUUUCUACACAAACUCCCAGGCUAAGCUAGUCAGAUUUUUCAGCGAGGGUCUUGACAACAAAGAAUACGAGAAACUGCUGGAACUGGAUGACCUACGGAACCGUUUUAUCAUGAGCUUCCAAAAACGCUCAACCGACAUAGAAAGACAACGCAUUGGGCGACUCAGAGGCGAGCCUGUCAUUGAAGAUAGCUUAGGAACCUUGAAUGGACUUGAGCAAGAUCUGGUUGAGGGCAAACUGGUCGACCUCAAAGACAACCGAGAUUUCAGCUCAUUCCCCAACUUCGAAUGCUCUACAGGUCCUCGCUUCGAGCACUACAUCCAGAAUGGGCCUAAGCCUGGCAACUUUUGGCUCGCUUCCUGCCUUUUCGCCGAAGAUGUUCAUUCAAUCAUAAACCGGGCACUGCCACGGUGCCGGCCUCAGCCCUCCAUCAUCUCUAACGCUACCGAGAGCCAAAAGUCUGAGCUUACAACUGCAGAGUGGGAGGCCAGUUUGGGUUGGGCGUUGCUUGCACCCAUAGGUAUGAAUACGCUUAGCGAAGAACUUGCUCCACAAGGCACAGUCAAGGAGAUAGCGGAGAAUCUCAACUCCGAUUUGCAGAGACUUGAAACAUGGCUCAACAAGCUCCGAGAAGCCUACGUAUCCGGCCAGUACUCAACUUCUCAUGGCUUGUUGCCCGUCUGCCAUGAGCUGCAACCCAUGUUCCUCCACUUGGAUGUACUACUUGCCUGUUGGAAGCUCUGUGAUUCGCUGCUUCAAUGCGCAAAGCAGAAGUCGCACAAGCUGAAAGGCAAGAUCCCGAAAGAGGCAAUCCAGCGGAUCAUGGGAAUCGUUCAGGACACACAUGCUCGGAUACGAAAGCUGGCAGCGGACUGGAAGAACAGGCUAUCGGAAGGAGGCUUGGGGGUUAUGGCGGACCAGAUGUUGGAGGGCAAGGUAGGAGAAGCCAUCGAACAACUCCUUGGGGCAGAUGCGACGGUUGUCGUAGAGGGGUGUGCCGGCUUGAUCCAGGAUGCGGCGCAGGAUACGCUGGACGGUGUGCUACAAGUCAAGCUGGCAAAGAGACAGGGAUAG